AUGGGUCUCACCGUGACCAUCAAGGGCGGCGCCGAGCCGACGCUCGACGACGUGCACGCCCAGCAGGCGAGACGCCCCUCGGCCGCCGAGGCCAUCGCAGAGGACCGUCGGAGGAAGAGCGUCAGCGACAAAGCCAUCACCGGCGCCUCUCAGAUCACCACCCGCCAGUCCAUCGUUCCAGUCACCCUUGUUACCGUGCUCUUCUUCCUCUGGGGCUUUGCGUACGGCUUGCUCGAUGUCUUGAACUCGCGCUUCCAGGUCGCCCUCAACAUCACCCAGGGCGAAUCCUCCGGCCUUCAAGGUGCUUACUUCGGAGCGUACUUCAUCGGCCCCCUCACCUACUCGGGCUGGUUCGUCAGGCGCUUCGGCUACCGGUACACCUUCAUGCUGGGCCUCAGCAUCUACUGCGUCGGCGCCCUCAUGUUCUGGCCCGCCGCCGUCAAGCGCUCCUUCGGCGGCUUCUGCGGCGCCAUGUUCAUCGUCGGCAGCGGCCUCUCCACGCUCGAAACGUCAGCGAACCCGUACAUCGCCGUGUGCGGCCCGCCCAAGUGGAGCGAGUUCCGCCUCGAGCUCUCGCAAUCCUUCCAGGCCGUCGGGUCCGUCGUCGCGCCCGUGCUAGCCUCGUACGUCAUCUUCAAGAACGUGGGCGAGGACGGCAAGUCGCUCGAGUCGGUGCAGUACGUGUACCUCGGCAUCGCCGCCUUCGUCGGCCUCCUCGCCAUCGUCUUCUACUUCGCGCCCAUCCCCGAAAUCACCGACGCCGACAUGGCCGACCAGGCCGAGCUCACCACCGCCGCCACCGGCUUCGUCGACAAGCCGCUGCGCAGGCAGUACACGCUCUUCUGGGGCGUCGCCGCCCAGUUCUCCUACGUCGGCGCCCAGGUCGGCAUCGCCGGCUACUUCAUCAACUACUUCACCCAGGCCCGCCCGGACAUCCCGCUCCAGCGCGCCCAGCACCUCGGCGCGAACUUCUACGCCAUCGCCCAGGCCCUCUUCGCCACCGGCCGCUUCGCCGCCGCGGGCCUCAUGUACUACGUCAAGCCGCGCCUCGUCCUGCUCGCCUUCCAGACCCUCAUCAUGGUCUUCAUCGUGUGCGCCAUCGCCGUCGACAGCGGCGACGGCACGAGCGCCAACUGGGCCGGCCUCGCCAUGCUGAUGCUCGUGCUCUUCUUCGAGAGCUGCAUCUUCCCCACCAUCUUCACGCUGUCUUUGCGCGGCCUCGGUCGCCACACCAAGCGCGGCGCGUCGUUCAUCGUCGCGUCCAUCUGCGGCGGCGCUGUCGUGCCCGCCAUCUUGGGGAAUGUCGCGGAUCGCACGGGCACGCGGCAUGCGAUGGUCGUGCCGCUGGCGUUUUUCGUCGUCGCGUGGAGUUUCCCCAUCUAUCUGAAUGUGUUCAAGGCGAAGGAGCUGGAUGCGUAUCGGGACAGCCAUGUGGGGGUUGAGGGGGGCGCUGCUGCGGCGGCGGAUGGGGAUGCGCCGGUCAAGACGAGGGAGGAGGCGUUGUUUGAGAAGGAUGUCGAGGCGAGUCAGUUGGAGGUCGUGAAGUCAGGGGAGUGA